AUGGACAGCCCAGGUAGACUGACGACUGUGUUCCGCAACAUCAGAAUCUCCACACCUGGCCCGAUCUUCGCGACGGACGAUUCAGUUGACACAGCUGUCAUCACUAAUUCGACGCCCGAACGAGCUGUGCGCCGAAUUCAGCGCGAAGAUGCUUCCCUUUCUACGCCUAAGCCGCACCCUUGUAGUGCCCGUAACCUUCUCCUGGGCGUAUUUAAGAAAGGCUGGGAGCGCCCAACCACAGUAGAGAAGUUGAGGACAGCACAUGUGGACUUUCUACUCAAGACAACGAUCGGUCGCGACUUCAACCUGAUCACGGCUGCUGGCGUGGAGUUCAAGGUUCACUCCACUAUGCUGAUCGGUGGAGCAAAGACGCUCCAGGACGAACUCUUCUCUAGUGAUGCACUACGUUCAGACCCGCCAAAGCAUGUGAUUCUGCCACCUCACUUUCACCCCAUCCUCAUGGACCGCAUUGUGAACUUUAUAUAUACGUCAGACUACACGAUCAGUACCUCGAGGGCGAAGCCUAUAACAAAACUCUCGGCUCAGAACUUCACCUUCCACAACGCCACUUUCAUCCCACCCAUAGAACCACCAACACCUGCCAUGAUCGCCCUAGCCGGCAUACAAGACUGUAUAUUCCACCUGCACAUAUACCACCUAGGCGAAGACCUGCAAUACCCCUCUCUCAAAUCUGCCGCCUACGCCAAACUCACCGAUUUGCUGAUCCGCCAACGCGGUCGCGACCCCUCCGUCCUGAAAGAGACUGUUGACGCAGUCUUCGCCGCCCCAGGAUCCAGCACACGCAUCUGCGCCGACGAAGACAGCGUCAUUCAGCAACUCGUUGUUGCGGCCGCCAUUGGGCACGAGCAGAAGUGUUGGACUGACAAGCAGCGCGAGCAAUUCGUUGCUUUACUGCCGGCUGCCGAAUACAAGGAUUUCUGGUCCGUACAUGAUACCACACAGAGCGAAAACAUUGAUAUGAUCAAUGAAAAUUGGGUGUGCAGGCAGUAUGUGGAAGAGAAGCGUCGAGCCAAGCAAGCGGUUGCAAAGCGGGCGAGUGGCGGUGCGUUGAGUGUUGCGGCUACGGGGUCUCCGGCUAAGGACAAGGCCAUGGCGGCGGGGUUUAGGACUGAAAGCAAAAGGCGGCACAAGGAUAGGUUCAAGAGGAGGCAUGUGCCGAGGGCAAAGGUGGAACUUGGGCGGGCUGAGGAGGAGGACGACAAGAUGGAGAUGGAGGUGGACUGA